CUGCAGGUCAACUAUGAACCGGAUCUAUGCAUUACCGGUAUCUUUGGAACAGCAAAAACCGCCCACAUUGCAUUACCCGGUUCAUUCACAAAUAACGUAUCAGAUGAGAAUAAGAUGGAAAACACGUGGCACGAUCUGCUAGGGCAUCGUCUCAACUCGACAAGUCAGUAUGCGUUUUUGGCCGAACUGAAAACCCAAUCUCCGUGUUCUGAUCAACCAGUGGAACAUUUCUUUAGGAUGGAACAUCCGGCGAAACAGGAUAAAGUGACCGAGCAAGUGAGACUGGCCACUUGGUCUCCGAACCAACCAGCGGAUGAGAGACUGGUAUCAUGUGAGAAGUGUGAACGUAUCCUGGAGGCGAUUCAACAACCUAACCAAUACACUCGAGGUGGAUUAUACUUGUGGGACAAGCAAGGUGAUCAUGGUGUUGGUGGUGUUGGUGUUGUUGGUGGUGACGAUGGUGGUGGUGAGGAUGAUAGUAGAGAUGAUGGAAAGAUUGUCUGA